CCAAACCCUCUGCUCACAUCUCCUCAAACCUUACCGCUCAUCGCAUCGCGUUGGGAGUUUGGAUUUGAUCUGGGAUCACAGCCCCGCGUACACCUCACCUUUGUCCUUUGUAGUUCGAGCUAGAAUGGCCUCUGCGAGUUUGCUGGGAAGAAGUCUGAGUACGCUGUCGCAGACCGUUGUGGAGAGAGAUAGUGAGGAGAGUGUGGGAGAGUGUGGGAGUGAGAGAGAGGUCAGAAGCACGGCGGACUGUAUCAACCUCUUGCCGAGAGAGGUCUUGCUCGGGAUCUUCAAGUAUCUCGAGCCAUUCGAUAUCAUCCGUCUUGGUCGAGUCAACAGAUCCUGGAACGACCUCUCCCGCGACGGCAAACUAUGGCAACUCAUCGGCGGCAGCGAGUUCUUCUGCGAAAUGUCCGCCGAACGGCUGCUCACCCUCGUCUCCGACGCGGCCCCGUUCGUGCGUCGUCUGAACCUGCGCGGGCACAAGAACCUCUCGCCGCAGGAUUUCGUGGACCUCUCCGACGGCGGCCUGCGGAACCUGACGUUCCUCUCGCUCGAGCAGAAUCUGCAUUUCGAUCAUAACGCGCUCACGCAUUUACUCCGCGCGAACGAGAAACUGCGCGGGUUGGUGGUCAGCGGGACGUUUGCGUUCACCAACGCGAGUUGUUUCACGGUUAGUAUGACGUGUCGGGAUCUUGUCAUGCUUGACGUUUCGUACUGUAGCGUCGUUACUGCCGCGGGGGUUUUGGAUAUCAUCGAGGCGUGUCCGGGGUUGAGGGAUUUGAAUGUCUCGUCGUUGACGGGGGUGCAUGAGCAGAAGUUUCUACUCGCGCUGCAUAAGAUCUUGCCGAACCUCACCCGGCUUGUUAUGGCAUACUGCGUCUCUCUUAAAGACGCUUCGAUCAGACUGCUUCUCACCGGAUCAACUACCACUGAUCAUGAAGACCAGCAAGACGAGCAUACUCCGGCUGGACAGUUGCAGCACCUGAACCUCUCAUUCUGCACGCAACUUACAAACCGCGCCCUCAAAGACCUCGCAGGCUACCUCCCCGCACUCCUCGAGCUCGAACUCGCAGGUCUAAGAAUGGUAGGCGACCGCGGUCUCCGCUCCGUCCUCGCCACAACCCCCAACCUCACCUUCCUAGACUGCGACCGCGUCGGCAACGUCGGCAGUCCGACCCUGCACUGUCUGGCGGAGCAUUGUCGCAGACUCGAGCACGCCUCGUUUUCAAACUGCGCAAAUGUAAACGACGAAGGCGUGAUUGCUAUGCUGCGCGCGCUGCCGCUGCUGCGGAAUCUCGAGUUGGAUAAUACGCGGAUCGGAGAUGGCGUGCUUGAGGCCGCGGCGGAGGUUACGCGUGCACUUGUUUGUAAUGCGGUUGCGGAGGGUGGGGGGGAGGUGGAUGGGGUGCCGGGGAUCGUCAUGAGGAUCUCGGUGUAUGAUUGUCCGAAUAUUACGUGGUAUGGCCUGUUACUUGUCAUGAGGAGGAAUAUGGAGCGGGUAGUUGUCUCUGGCGCGCCGAGGGUGAGUAACUCUGCAGUCGACAGUCUUUUCUACGUUGAGAGACCAGUCGACACUUCCUCCCCGUCUGAGGAAGCAGACAGCAAAGUGACGCUAUGUGAAUUCACCGACGACGACGACGACCUCAUCCUCCUCUCCGCCGGCCAAAUCUACGUCCACUUCUCAUACGCAUACGCCCCCAUCUUCACCCACCACCUCACGCAAGUCCACGCCGCAGCCUUCUCCCGCGCGCACGAGCUCGCUGCCGACUGGUCAGUCUACUGCACCGGCGUCGCCGCAGACCCGUAUUUCGGAUACAAGAAAUACGUGCAGACCGCGAUGCUUCAGACUGCUGGUCUUGUGAUCUGCGGGUUUGAAGGCUGGGUGCGCGAGCGCGAGCAGAGCGCUGCGGCGGUGGGGAUCGAUGUGGAUGCUGUGCUGCGGCGGUGGGGUAGUGACAUAGCGCCCGCGUCGCCGCCGAGCUCGCUGCAUCAGGUCGAGCAGACGCCUACGGUCCUGCAGCGGCGGUUAUCGCGGUUCAUGAGCCAUGGACUGAGAAAAGGCAGCACCAGCAGCGGGACGAGGAAGAUCGGCGCCGCGUUGAGAGAGAUGAUUCUCCUACACCAACCGUAUUCAGGGAGUGAGGAGGGUGUGUGUCGGGAUGAGGAGGUGCUGGAGAUGUUGUUUAGAGAGACGUUGGGGGGGCAGCAGUUGGGGCAUCUUUCGGAUCCGGACGUGGAAGGGGAGGGAGGGGAGGGGGGUGGGGAGGAGGAGAUGCAGAGACGGGGAAGUUGUGUUAUUUGUUAG